AUGACCACAACUCAUUUGAAAUAUAAUGAAGAGAUGAAAAAACUAGGAGAAGAGAUGCUUAAACACUGUCAUGGUUUGCCAUUAGCCAUUAUUGUGCUUUGUGGACUUCUCUCAACGAAAUGCACAAUUGAAGAGUGGGACGAGUUGCGUGAGAAUGUGAAAGAAUACAUAAACAAAGGAAAAUUAGUGCAUGCAGAACAAGAAUACCAUAGCGUUUCCUCUAUAUUAAGCUUGAGCUAUGACGUGCUGCCAUAUCAUUUAAAGCCAUGUUUUUUGCACUUGACCCAUUCCCCGGAAGAUCAAGAGAUAAAGGUCGACCAAUUAUGUUAUACGUGGAUAGCAGAAGGUUUCAUUUCAUCGGAUCAACAAACACAGAGUUCAAUGGAUGAGGAUGUAGCAUAUAAUUACUUGACGGAGUUAUUGGACAGAAACAUGAUUCAAGUGGGAAGAUUGGGUCCAACUGGAAGAAUAAAAUCAUGCCACAUUCAUGAUCUCAUGAGGGAUAUGAGUUUGUUCAAAGGUCGAGAUGAAAAUUUUUUGCAAUUUUUUGAUCUGAGGAGAAGAGACAUGGUAUUGUCAAGAAAUAAGGUACGGAGACUUGCCAUCUAUACUGAUCGUGCUUUUGAUGAUUUACUUCCCUUUAUUAAUGGCAGAGAUGGCUCUCUUAGGUCUCUCAUAUAUUUUCAAUCUUCGGGCUUUGCACCUUCGGAGAAAGUAUUGAAACUUUUUUUGAAUCACUUUAAGUUCCUUAGAGUUUUGAGACUCGAAGCUUUUCGUUCAAUUCAGGGUUCAUUGAAGUUGCCUAAGGAAAUUGGGAAACUUGUCCACUUAAGGUUGUUUAGUAUUCGUGGUAGCAGUGUGGACAAGAUCCCAUCUUCUAUUGGGAAUUUGAGAUGCCUGGAGACUUUAGAUUUGAGGUCAGAAUAUGUAGAAAUACCAAAUGUGAUAUGGAGGUUGGAGCAAUUGCGACGUUUAUACUUACCUACCCGUGAAUAUGUAGAAAUACCAAAUGUGAUAUGGAGGUUGGAGCAAUUGCGACGUUUAUACUUACCUACCGGUGGUGCGUAUUAUACUUUCAGCAAAGAUCGUUUCCGACUGCCCAAUGUCAGGAAUAGUUUGCAAACAUUGUGCAAUGUUCGUACAGAGCAUGUUAAUGUAAAUGAUUUUUUUCAACUGACAAAUCUCAAGAAAUUAGUACUCGUGGUAGGUAAAGACUUGGGGAGAAUCUACUACAAUUACACAGGCGUCAAAUUUACUUGCGUCAGCUCUCUAUCGUUGUUUGAAGACUCGUUGUUGGCAGAUGCUGAAGACAUUAUACCUGUAAUAUCAUGUUAUCCUGAAAUUUAUGAGCUUAAAGUGAGCAUGUCAAUAAUAAGGUUACCAAAAGAGCACCAAUUCUCCCAUAAACUUGAGAGGUUAUCAUUAACGAGGACGUUUCUCGAGGAUGACUCAAUGAGAACGAUAGAAAAGCUACCCAAUUUAAGGGCCCUCCACUUUGGUCCUUCUAGCUUUAUAGGGAAUGAGAUGGUGUGCUCAAAAGGUGGUUUCCCUCUACUUGAAUCUCUUUCCUUUGAUGGCUUAGUCUUGGCAGAGUGGAGGAUAGAGGACGGAGCAUUAACUAGUCUUUGCUAUCUGAGGAUUCGUGAUUGCCAUCGCUUGAGGAAGCUUCCAGAUGGAUUAAGAAACGUCACAACUCUCAAGGAAAGGGAAGCAAAGUAG